AUUACACCACAGCUGAGCACAUAAAUAAGAGACCCACGGUCCUACAGACUGACCUGCAGACUGAAGUACAUUAUUGUGCUUUUCAAAGGAAAGAUUUUGAGAAAAGAGAAUAUGGCACGUAUUGCGAAUCAGGCGACUCUCUUUUUAAUGGCCUUCUUGCUCUUGAACACUGAAUACCAUGUCAGUGUCCAUGCAAUGCCAACCUCCAGGCCACCCGUACCUCCGACAAACACAUCAUCACUUGUUUUGGUCAUACCCGGUGAAUGUGAGGUAUUCCCUCCAGGGGAAUGUCAACAUUUUACCUCAAACGAAUGCGAAAAUGACCAACAGUGCCAAGACAUAUAUCUAGACUAUCCAGGGUUGAAAUGCUGUGAGAACUACUGCGGGAUUCGAGUCUGUGACCUUCCUCUUAAGAUCCCGGCCAUCAAUGUGAUAACAUACGAAAUUAAAGAAGUGGUUUAUACUGAGUUCGUGUGCCCAGAAGUCAUCCCACAGCCUGAAUGCCCACUGGAAGCAGAUUUGGAUAACGAGUGCGACCAGGACAACGAGUGCAGUGCAGGGUACAAGUGUUGUACGGAUUUCUGUGGUGAAAGAUWUUGUGAGAUGCCCGUCAGUCGGGUUGUUAGACAGUUGAGUACCGGCCCUUUAGAGGAUCCAAAACUCUCAUUAGGCUGAGGGUGAGAGAGAAGAGUUACUAAACUCUGGGUUGACCACACGGAGUUAUGGAGCUAACAAUUAAAACCUCCACUCUGAACUAUGAACUAGUAAUAUUGCAAAUACAUUUAUAACCAACUAAAAUAUUUCCUUAAAGGAAAAAUCGAGUAAUUGUUUUCCUUGUGAAGUAGGAAAUAAAAUGUACUUCUCAAAGAGAUAGAGCCAUUUGCAUUAAAUCCUGACUUACCUGGGGGUCAAGACAGUGAAAAAUUAAAUAUAAGAAAGAUAUUUCCGGACGGUUUUGUAAACAGUACAGAUACCAAUUUUGAAUGAAAGUAAAAUUCUUUAAUUUACGAAACAUGCUUCGGCAUUGUCCAACAACAAGUAUCUUUAUUAUGCUUUACAACAUUAAUGUUUAUAGCCAAGACUCAGGUAAUACAGGUAAUAGCUGCUCAGUAUAGUAAGGUAAUCGAGCUGAGCAGCCGUUAUCUGUUUGUUUUUUUUUU